CAGUACAACACAGCCUCGCGCCACUGAUAUGAACUCCUAAACAGGAACUGUGCGGAACAAACUGGUCGUCGAUGUACUAUCACAGAUCUUAUAAAAAUGACCGAGGCACGAGGUGUUGGACGGCGUAUACCAAGUGUGGUUUAAGUUAUUGAAUUCUCUCCAAGGAUUCAGCCAUUCUUUAUAAAGAAGUCCCCUUAAAUAUUGUGCUUUUCCCCAGUGGGUGUCAGGAGGCGAGAUGACGAUUACCUACACCCUGAAGGUGUCAAACUCCCGUUUAUGCGGAUUCUCCAAACUCCUCUUCUACUGGAAGGGCAGUGUCUACAAGCUAGUCUACAAGGAGAUGCUGAUAUUCCUGUCUCUCUAUUACACACUCAGCAUCAUCUACAGGUGUGCGCUAUCAGAAGACCAGAAAAGAAUUUUUGAGAAGAUUGUGGUUUAUUUUGAGAGCUUCCUUGACCUGAUUCCGUUGACGUUUGUGCUUGGGUUUUAUGUUGCAAUUGUGGUGGGCCGAUGGUGGAAUCAAUACCUCUCUAUUCCGUGGCCAGACAGAUUAAUGGGCUAUGUAGGCACUUUAGUACACGGUUCUGAUGAGAGAGGGCGCCUUAUCCGGCGCACGUUAAUGCGUUGGCUCAAUCUCUCUCACAUCUUGGUCAUGCAAUCCAUCAGCAUCUGUGUGAAGAAACGCUUCCCAACCUCACAACACCUUGUUGAUGCAGGUCUGAUGACAUCCCAUGAGAAGAGGAAACUGAGGGAUAUGCCCACUGAGCACAACAAGUUCUGGGUGCCAACCAUGUGGUUCUCGACGCUUUUGGCUCAGUGUAUGGAGGAGGGACGCAUUAGAGAUGAGAUUCACCUCAAGACUUUGUUAGAUGAAGUCGCAGGUUUCAAAGCAGCCUUAGGCAUGCUGUAUUCCUUUGAUUGGAUUAGCAUUCCACUCGUUUAUACACAGGUGACUACAUUGGCUGUGUACGGGUUUUUCUUCGCCUGCCUAAUGGGCCGUCAGUACAUUGAGCAAGUACCUGAUGGAAAUCACCCCAGACGGACAGACCUCUAUGUGCCUCUAUUCACACUCAUGCAGUUCUUCUUCUACCUGGGUUGGCUUAAGGUAGCAGAAGUUUUGAUCAACCCUUUUGGUGAGGAUGAGGAUGAUUUUGAGACAAACUGGAUCAUUGACAGAAACUAUCAGGUGGCUAUGUUGGGUGCAGAUGAACUUUACGGUGAUCUGCCCAUCCUGGAGAAGGACCUGUACUGGGAUGAUCUGGAACCAGAGUUACCGUACACCAAAUCCACCAUCUGUCACAAGAGUGAACCCUUCAUGGGAUCUACUGCAGACUUCAGUUUGGACCCAGGAGACAUCGGUAGCCAGAUGGUCAACACAAUGGAGACUAUUCCUGAAAACGUUAAAGUGGAUAAGAAACUGGUGGAUGUAGCUACUUCCGUUGUGCCAAGUGCCAUAUCUUCCCCAGCAAGAUUCCGCCAUUUUCUGUCCAACAUUACGAGCGCUUUCAGCAAUGAAAGUAUUGUGGACUCCCCCACCAAGGAUCUCCGCAUCAACAGUCUGCAUAAUGUCAAAGACGGCAUCAGAGACCCAAUGUUCUACCAGUCGCCAAUGCUGCAGCGAGUGAAAAGUAAUAGUGUCAAGCGCUCCUUAUCUCACACAGACCAUCUCAGUCCAACCAAACGUGGCGGAUCCAUGACACAUAUGAACUUUACCAGUGCCAGUGACACACAGCCAUUCCACACCCCAACUGUUGGGGUGACAAUGGCUGAUACAGGGCCGAGUCGAGUCUCCGUGACCCCCAUGAAUCUUAUGACAGGAGACUACUAUCCCAGACCCCAGACUAGCCAUGGCAGUGUGUUAUCACUCUGUGUUCCUCAUAAAGAUACCUCAGUACUCAAAUCUUGCCCAAACAGUUCAUUGGCCGCACAGUCAUCAGCAGUUCAGCAUGACAAAGCUGGAGACUUUGCCCCAAGACAGGAUCCUCUCAGACAUCACAUUGUGGGUACAGACUCUCAGCCCAACUCCUCAUACCAGCGUUACAGCAGCCUCGAUCAGAGUACAUGUAACUCUGAUUCCCCAGCUAUUAUUGCCACAAACGAUGCUCAGCCUGUGUUUUUUAAUCAGGUGCCGGACCCCCCUGACUACGGUAGCUGUACCAUGGGUACUGGUGGUCAACAGACCACACCUUUCUAUACCAGUUAUGCCUCUGUUCUGCGUCAACCUCAGUCAAUGUACACUCAGGUAAAUGGGCCAAUGUUCCACCCAGAGACCUCACUCCCUCAACACACAACCAGCUCGGACGCUAUGCCUAUGUCCACAUCAGACAUGCCACCCACAACAGAUUACAGUAACUUGAACCAUUUGCAGUCUGCGCACUGCAAACCGGUUUGGAGUGAGAACGGUGGAAACAUAACAAGUGCCCCGUUAGCAUUGACUAUGUCCACACCCCCUGUCUUUCCAACAUGUGAUAGCUCUUCUGUGCAUAGCCCAGAUGAAUCUGACUCUAAAAACGUGCACUGGGCCGAUGAGGAAGGUGAUCUGCCUGCAGGAUCCGAGGCCUCGAACAUUGGCAACACGGACACGACAUCCAAGCUAAUGGAAGGAAAGGCGGACAGUCAAGAUAGCAUUGACUCCACGUAUGACUCAAACUAUGACACUGUGAACAGCCAACAUCCACUGCUGAAUUCCGCUCGCUAAACUCACACUGCUGUUUUGUAGUUUCUUUAUUCAGGACGAUUAGAAUACCACUCCCAUGAUAAACUGACAAAUGUUUUCGUCACCAGCUAGCUGAAUCUAUUCAUGUCAUUUUAUCAGGCCUUAUUUGGACUGAAAAAUCUGUAGAAGUUUUAAGGACCUAGGCUUCUGUUUCUGGAGAGGUAGGCUUAAUUAAGGGUUGAAAUCAUACAGAAAAACCAAGUCAUCUUUGCUAAGAGAUGACUUAACUACUAAGUAUGACCACAUUGUGUGAUAAGGAUGAAGUAUAACUUACUGACCAAGGUCUUAGGACUAGCAUUAACACGAAACUGCCAGGUCAGCAUGCAUAUUAGACAGGUUAAUAUCCUGCUGUUAAUUUGGUUAAAAGGUUAAUUUGUCUAAGGGGACAAAACAUGAAAAAAACUUAUCAUUUCUGAGUACCAGUACAGAAAUGACUGAAAGGUCCAGGGUAUUGUUUUUUUUUUUUUAUGCUACCCUAAAUUGGAGCCAAGCAGACUUUUGUUUUGUUAGCAUGAUCUGUUAUUGUGGACCAGGAAGUUCAGUAUAUAUGAUCAGUUGUCAGACUGCUACCUAUUUUACAUGUAGUAAUUAGUUUGGCUGACCAAAUACAUGUGAACUCAAGACCAUAGAUUAUAAAAGUUGUUUAGAGCUUUUAAAGGAAAAGAUCUCUAAAAAGUAGGUAGGUAUCACUAAGUAGAAGACUUAAAACUAUGAAUCAGUAUACUUUCAUUUAUUUUUCUGUAUUUUUGUGAAGAGGGUUAAAGGCUUGCAAACAUUUGAAUUCUAAGGUGGGCUUUAUCAACCACACUAUUUUUAGGAGUUUAGGAACUCUGACGUCACAGGAAAUUUUUCCAACUUUAAUCACGACACUGAAUGUUGGACUGACUCUGUUUACCCAUGAAUGAAAGAUUACUGAUAAAAUAUUGCCAAAAAUUUCUUCCUUUUGGUGAACAUCAGGAAAAAAAAACAGUGAUGUGACAUCAGAGUUCCUAGAUAUUGUCAGUAUGGCUCGCAAAGCCCACCCUAGUAUUAAAAUAUUUGAAUACCUUUCAACAUUCUUACGAAAAUCUGAAAAAAUAAAUGAAAGUAUAGUUGCACAUAGUUUUCAGUUGUCUGUAUAAUGAACCUUACUUCACAUUUUAGCUUCCUAUUACUUUAAGUGAAGGACACUAAAGUUCUGUUUGUAUGUGUGUUGUUCGUUUACCGUAUUCUCAACUAAUACCUUCUCUUCAGAAGGACAUAUGACAGUUUUAUUGACCUUCUCCACAGCUUUUGGUGCUCUGUAUAAAUAGAAGCUAAGAUCUCAGACAUUCACUAUAAAAUUGUUUAUAUUUCAGGAGGAUGAAUCUCUGAACAA